AUGAUACGGCGCAGCCGCAGCCGCACGCGUACGAAGCGUGUCUCGCCGAUUGUAGACUGGCACGAAACCGACUCGGAAGAAGAUCAAUCUACGUGGAUCGCGGACGAUAUCUGCACCCAUUGCGGCGGUCUUGCACCGCACCGCAAACUAUAUUGCUCGCGGCGUUGUCGCGAUGCUGAUGCCGCUGCAAAUGAUUUGAAAGCUGUUUAUGUUGAUCAUGAGCAGCAGGCUUCCGAGGCUGCUGCCCUCUCUGAGUCCUUGAAAAAGCUCCGGUACCCGAUGAAUCUCUCGCCUACCACGCAGUAUAUCAAGAUAGCCCAACAGCCUGGUCUGGCGACGCCUACUUCCCGCCCAACUCUCGCAUCCUAUCGGCAGGGCUCGAACUUGUCCAGCGAGGAAGGAUCGGAGCUGGGGCAUGAGCUUGCCCAUUUGCGGAAUGGAUCGCGUUCGAGCAUUUCGACGACCUCUGAUGUUGCUGAUACGGACUUUACGACGCCCUCCCCUUGGCAUUCGGCUAUUGAUACUGAAAAUGACGACGACAUCAAUGGCCUUGAUGAUGCCGGGUUGUCGCUCCCGCCGCCGCUCUGCGCUGCGAACCAUGUGCUCCUUCGCAAAGGCGGCUCUAACACGGUUGAUGUGGGUGUCGUUCCACGCCCAAACAACCGCCAACCGCCCUCUCCAUUGCUUUACCCCCAUUCGUACACGGCUGGGCGGCCGCUUGGCAGCAAUAUCCAAUUCAACCGCAUGCCAGGCACAACCAACCUUCCCACACCUGUCCUGUUUAACUCUGGACAUUCUCAGCCUCAAAGCAAAGGCUCGUUUGCGAUGCUGCACAAGGCAUUAGAACCAGUAAUGGACGAAAAUCGCGAGCCGGAAGAAUACAAGUCUACCGUCUCAAUACACGCUCUGCGGCGUAGCCUAAAGAUGAUGCAGGACAACGAUGCUAACGAAGUCCCGCACCAUCGGCGUCUUUCCUCACUGCAAUAUCCAGAGAUGGAUGCGCCUAACGGAUCAUGGAAGCAAACUAUGUGCAAGGCGAAUACCGAGACAAGCUAUACAAAUGCAAAGCGCGCUUUGAGCCAAGGAUUCAACUUGUGUGACUGCCGUAAAGGCGUGUCCGCAUGUUCCUCUUAUAGCAAGGCUUCUGCGGAGACACUCUCCAAUAGCCGCACUGUCAACGGCACGCCAGAGACUACGGAUACGCCCGUACGUGGACGUGCACUGCGCCGUGGAAGUUGCGAUCACCACCGUGGACGCCCUACUGGCAGCUCUGGAGGAGUUUGCAGUCUCGCCUGCAUCAAUGCCUACGAAUCGCAUCCAUGCCAACAGAAAAGUCGUGGAUCGCCUGGAGAUGUGAGAGAGAAUCGUUACAACGCGAUCAAUGUUGCUAUGUUGGAUUUUUGA